AAUUGAAAACAGUCACAGCCGCGCCACUUGGAACAAUUCGAUUUCCAUACCUCCAUUCCCAUUUCCACGUUGGAAACAUGUGAUGAUGACGAUUGGUCAGGGCGAACGCACUUUUGUCAUAUGCAGACAUUAAGAAAAUAGCAGGAAACAAAUAGGUGGGAAGUGGGGGGAAAAAACGAUAUAAACGAGGACAAAAGGAAUGCAAAGUUCGAUUUUGGGGGUUUCAGAAGAGAAUGGCGAGUACCAGACCAGGGCACAGAGCUUCUAGAUCGUUCAAUGUGAUUCGAACCUCGGUGGCCGUGUUGCCAAUGGCCCCGCCCUAUAGUCCCGCCAUGGAUUCAAACAGAAUGCACGACUUUUCGCCCAAAGUGCGCGUCUGUAAAAGGGUAAAUUCUGCCUCUGUGCUUAGCCACAAAGAUCCCGGGUUCGAGUCCCGGGAGCCCACUUCGCCCAAAGUAAGCUGUAUAGGCCAGAUCAAAAUGAAACCCCAAUGGGUGAAGGAAAAGGCGGCGGCGGCGGCGGCCGCCAAGCCAGCUAAGAAUGCAAAUAACAGUAAUAAUAAAUUCUCUAAGCUGAAGAAAUUCAUGUUUGGUAAGCGCCAUGGAAAGAAAAUUGGUGAUAAUAACACGGGGGUUGAAGAACCAGAAGCUAAGCCCAAGGAAGAGGUGCGAAGCAGUGAAGGUUUUCCGUCGUUGGGGAAGAUUAAGCGCUACUCUUCGGCUCGAUAUGACCAUAAAUUUGGCGACUUGUUUGUUGAGGAUGAGGGGAUCAUUGGUAAAGAUGAUGAAGAAAUAGCUUCUGCCAUUAAUGCGUGGUAGUGGUGCUCUGUUCAGGGUUGGAGUUUCAGGGGAAAAACGCGCUUCAGCAUGUGACUGUGGGCUUAUACAAGUUGUGUGGGUUUUUCUUUGUUCUUUUCCAGAUCGCCAUAUUACCUUAAAUGAAGCAGAUAUGUUUAUAAAUUUGGAUCAGUUUUGCAGAUUGUUCAUAAAUUUGGCUCAGUUUUGCAGAUUGUUCAUAAAUUUGGCUCAGUUCUGCAGAUAUGUUCUGGCAGUCGGUUUAAUUUCCGGUUGUGAUGAACUUGCAGAGUUGUCCAUUAACGGGAUUUCUUUUGUUUGGGAAUUUUAUUUUUGUUUCCGACGUUCCCUGUAAUGGGAAUUCUGUUCUGAAACAAAUCUUUGUUUAGCGGGUUUGGGUUUCCCAUUAUUGUACUGUGCUGUAAAUAAUAUCUCCUCCAUUUCUUGCA